UAUUUUUAUGCUUUUAAUUCAACUUUUACCGCAGCAAAUUCUGUCUUUCUCAAAUUUUGAGCAACCAGUAAAAUAAAAUCAAUGGUUUUGUCUUUUUUACGUGAUUCGCUCAGGAGAUUUUUUUAAUUGACCAAAGCAAUUUAAAAAUUUUAUGUGGCUGACUGUUUAAAAUCAUCAAUUCGGUUGGACCACCUGGAAGUUUAACAGCAAAUGUUUAACGGCAUCACUAGUUCCUAGUCAUAAUGAAUCUCAAGAAAGAUAACUCGAAUGAGCCAGCUUUUUCCUACCUUCCAGUGAUCUUAGGACAGCAAGCUAUAGAAAGUACGGACUUCGAAAACUUCCCCCUGCCUCCCGAUUACAACGAUGCCUCUCGUGGUUUCGACGAUACGAACCGAUCCUGCGAGUACCUCCGACAACCUUCGUAUGCAAACAGGAGUAGCAACAACAACGACCCGAAAAACCAAUCAAAUUGCCGCAAACUAACUUCUCGAUAUUUCGGAUUUGAGAUCACGAAACGUUUUAAUUUCUUGAUUUUUGUUUUAAUUUUCACCACAAUCCUUGUCGCUUCCGCUUCGUUCAUAUCUUUGACAAUACUUGGGACAAAUUAUGCUGAAAAUGAGUCAAUUCAUGAAAUUGACUUGAAGUCUAAACCUGAAUUAAAAUCACUGUUUGGUGCUAACGAGGCUAGAUUCCGAGCAAACGACGAGGCUUUCAGCCAAUCACUCUUGUUGAAAACUCCUCCUACUAAUUCGACCGUGGAAGAAUGUGUAACGCACAUCAGCUACUCGAACGAGUGCAAAUGUUACAAGGUGAACCUGAGUCAGAUCUCUGCCUCAGUUGCCAUUUCGAAACUGAAGAGCUGGCUGCUCAGUUGUCUCUACGAGGAACAGUACCAGAAGAUGUUCAUUUACACUGGCACUAAAAGCGAGCUGUAUGAACGGGACGUGCACCCUAGCGUGAAAAACUGGCUGAGUCAGAAACAACUGCGCUUCGAAGACAGAGGAGACCAUUUUGUGGUUCACGAGAAAAUCACAGUUAAAGGUCACAUGAUCAAGGUCACAUAAUCAAGAGAUGAGGAGCAGAUGUAUUACUGUUAUAAGUUUGUAGUGCCAUUAUGACCUCACCCUGUAUAAUAAUUUUGUUUUGAUUUUUUCACUUGUAAUGAACUCCCUUUACCUAAUCAGAAAAACGACGAAUGUGUAAGAUUAAUUUUGAAUCGAAAAUUUGAGCACUUAAUGGUGAAUUAAAAAUAAGUGUGAUUUUUAAUUUUCGUUUUUAGU